AUGCUGUUGAUGGUUGUGAAUCGAYUAGAUUUAUCWAAAAAUAGAUUGAAWUCGAUCGAUAGARARGUAUUCUUCAAAUUGAAKGCUUUAGAACAUUUGGAUUUAGUUGGCAAUUAUUUUGAACGUUUUCAAAAUAAUGUAUUURUCGAUUUAGUAUCGUUAAAAGCUUUAAACUUAAGUAAUAAUAAMUUGGAAGAKUUURAUGAACACUUUUUCGGUAAUAUWCCAAAUUUGGAGAUACUUGAUAUUUCRUUCAAUUCUYUUUAUCAAUUACCUAAAACCAUUUUCUAUGGUGCAACAAAAUUGCGAGAAUUGUUUAUUGAAUCAAACAACAAACCUAUGGAUUCUUUGAAAGAAGAUACGUUUUGGAAUUUGACAAAUCUCGAAGUAUUGUCUAUGAAAAAUCUUAAAUUAACAGUUCUGGAAGAAAAACAAUUUUGGAAUUCAACAUUAUUAAAAUAUCUAAACUUGGGUGAAAAUAUGUUUAAACAAUUAUUACCAUUAACUUUCAAAGGUUUAAAAAAUGUUGAAGUACUUUCGUUACAUGACAAUAACAUUGCAUAUCUUCCUGAAAAUAUCUUUCAAGAUAUGGAAAAAUUAAAAAAACUCAUCUUGUCUGAUAAUUCUUUGACUAAUAUAACGGGAUAUCGUAAUCGUUUAGACGCAGGAGUAUUACCGAGAUAUGAAGAAGUAGCACUAAGACCUUUAGUAACAUCAUCAAGUACUUCAGGAGAAUUACCAAGAUAUGAAGAAGUAUCACAAAGACCUGCAGAACCAUCACAAAGACCUGCAGAACCAUCACCAAUUCUUGCAGGAUCAACACCAAUUCUUGCAGGAUUAUCAUUAAGUGCUGCAGGACUAUCAUCAAGAGCUGCAGAACGAUCACCAAGUCUUGCAGUACCAUCAUCAAGUGCUGAAGGAACAUCACCAAGUGCUGAAAGACCAUCAGCAAGUCUUGCAGGACCAUCAUCAAGUUCUGCAGGACCCUCAUCAAGUGCUGCAGGACCAUCAGCAAGUCUUGCAGGACCAUCAUCAAGAGCUGAAGUACCAUCACCAAAAGUUGCAUGGUUAGCACCAAAACCAGCAGGAAUAUUAUCAAAAGCUGCAGCAUUAUUUCCAAAAACUUCUCCUAGAUCUCGUAAAAAUGAUGGUAAUGAAAGGGAAAUGGCAACAUUAAAAGUACCAGCAAUAAUAAUAGAAGCACCAUCUAGUUCUGAUGAGGAAGCAAAAGUAGAUACAUCAAGUACAUAA